AUGUUAUUGUUUUCUGCCAUCGGCCGCGCUCCCCCUCACAACCCUACCUAUGGUAUCUCAUCCCAUUGGUGGUCGUCCCCUACCAACAGUGGCCCUCUCCCUGUCCUCGUCGGUCCUUUCCCUGCCCUCGUCGGGCCUUUCUCUACCCUGACCCCUCCUGCCCUCGCUAGCCAUUUCUCAACCAGCGCGAGCAUGACCCCUGCCGUCGACGACCAUUUCUCGACAACCGACAACCCGACCGCUGCACCGCCCCCUCCCCCUUCAAUCAACAUUCAUGGCAACACUUAUCAAGUACUGAAGUAUGAACUCAAGGCGGGGAUAACACCAAACUCCGCACUGUCUUUCGGCUCGGACCCUGACCCUUCGGCCCCUUCAAACUCGGACUCGGACCUGCAGACCCACUCCCCCCGCCUUGAGUUCAUACUUCAGUACUUGAUGAGUGUUGUCGUGAAGUUUGGAUGCCAUGGCAUCCGAGCCGAAAACGCUGUUGACAGUGCGGAGUUUGGUGAUACUGAAGAGAUGAUUGAGGACAUGGAGACAUUCCUUCGGAAGAACUUCACACUUCACGAUCAAGAUGUCUUACUCGAGGCCUUCUCGGAUCAGCUUUUGAUUGCUGCUAUGUUUUUCACCGAAUUUGUGCUGAUGCUGUGGGCUAUAUGGGGCUUUGGAAAGGACGGAUGGUCCAUGGAGAUAGUUGUUUGA